AUGACUUCUUCCUCCGGUUGUUUCAUCGUCGUUUCUAUGGCAAUCUUGUUUCUCUUAGCACCAGCAUCAGGCUUGCUCAACAGAGAUUUCAUCGACGCCAACUGUCAACGAGUCAAGAACAAACCUUUCUGCGUCGAAACAUUGACCACCUAUCCUCCUGCCAUUGCUGCCACCGGCCUGUUGCCAUUGGCAGAGGUUGUGCUCAGUCUUGGAGUAACCCAUGCUGAGAAAACGGCGGCGUUUGCGGCCGAGGCAGCUAAAACCGACGCAGCAUUGAAGACGCAGUUCAGCGAGUGCCACGACGCCUAUGUUGGUAUCGUUGCGUCUCUAAAGAGCGCGACCUUGGAGCUCAAGGAUGCACCAGACACAGCCAACUACGAUGUCAUGGUCUCUGGCGAUGACACAAGGCGUGUGACGGCUUUGAUCGGGAAAAACACUGACAAGUCUUCCAAGACGCUCAUUGAGAUGACGUUGCAGAUGGAUAAACUUCUUGAUCUCGCUGCUGGUUCCACCGAUGCUGUUGAUGACGACGACGAGAACGUAACCCGUCGUGCUUGA